UGUGGUGAUGGGCUAGGCACGUUCUGGCCGUUUAUUGACAUGGGGAACAAUAAUUCGUCUCCUAUCUACUGUUAUCUGUAAAUGUUACAGUGAUUUCGACUGAGAAGGCCCUUGUUUCCAGUUAAGUAGAACUGAUGUGAAUAUAAUUUAACGCGGCAUUAACUCUUAUGAUAAAAAUUCCAGUCGGACUUCACCUGUUGAACAGUUUUGACACAUGUCAAAUAACGGCUGCUCCAAAUUCAUUAUUUCUGUCUCAAUUUCUCUCUUCAGAUUUUUUGUUAAUAAAUGAAAUGAUAUCGGCAGGAUAAUAUCUUGCAAUUAUUGGUAGAAAUAUUUUUCCAAGUCUGAUUCUUCUUGGAUUUCAAUUCAAUUGAAACUCAUCGGGAUGGCGAGUCAACGGAACAGACAGGAGUCCGUGAACAUCUCCGUGCAGUUCGAUGAUCAUUUGCACUGGAAAGGGAUUUUUGACAAGUACGAUCUCGAUGGAGACGGGAAAAUCUCGUAUAACGAGCUGAAGGAAAUGCUCAAAGAGUCCAGCUACGAAAACGACAUCCCACCUUCAGUGGUGAAAAUGAUACUGCAGAAGGCUGACCCGGAUCGCUCAGGAUAUUUGGUGUAUCCAGAAUUUUUAGCUAUGAUCCAGAGGAAGGAUAUGCAGGGGUUUUUCGGUCGUCUCAUAAGUGGUUACGUUUAUACACUGGUGCCCGAGAGACCAAUACCCUCUGAUCCUUACAGUCCAAGAACUUCGGUGGCUGCCUCUGAGGGUCGGUAUGAAAAAGAGUACAAUUGUAGACCACCUGCAAUAGGUAUGCUCAUCAUAUCGAUUAUGGAAAUUGUCCUGUUUCUUUACGACAUCGUAUUGGCGCCGACGAAGAAACCAUCAUCGUUUCAGGGACCGGCAGCUCAGCUUUUAAUUUACAAUCCUCAAAGAAGAUACGAGGCAUGGAGAUAUGUGACUUAUAUGUUUGUUCAUGCUGGAGUAAUCCAUUUAGUGAGUAAUUUGGUUGUUCAAAUUUUAUGGGGAAUACCCUUGGAGAUGGUCCACAAGUGGUGGCGUGUGCUGACGGUCUACCUUGCGGGAGUGUUGGCUGGCUCGAUUGGGUUCUCGGUUGCAAAUCCGAAACUAUUCCUUGCAGGUGCAUCUGGCGGUGUGUACGCACUCAUGACAGCUCACAUUGCCACUAUUAUCAUGAACUGGCAACAAAUGAAGUUUGCUGUGCUACAGUUGUGUGUAUUCGGUUUUAUAACGAUCCUGGAUGUUGGCCUGAAUUUUUAUAAUCGUUAUGUCCUAAAUAAACAAGAUGGGGUAGGGUACGAUGCGCAUUUAGCAGGCGCGGCUGCUGGAUUAUUAGUUGGAAUUAAUGUUCUUCGUAAUCUUAAAGUGAAGAAGUGGGAAAAAGUCGUUUGGUGGCUCAGUAUAUUGACGUAUACUGCUCUCAUGGUAGCUGGAAUACUCUGGAAUAUUUUUUGCAUAAAUGUUCCAUUUACUUGAGUUAUUCUACAAUUUA